GGAGGGGGGGCAGCUGUUUUAUUUGGGUCUCAUCGGAGCAACCAGUUCUGCUGCAGCAGAAAUUGGCUGACACUUGUGAGCCGACCCUCUCUUCUCCCAGCCCCCGAAACAUUCACCCCUUCCCCGGCCCCAAAUUGUAGAGGCGAACCAGUGACUCCUCGUUCAACAAGCCCUCGGCUUCAUCGGACCACCAUGCCCAGGGUUGUAAGAUGGGCAGUUUUGGGAAAGCCGCCGUUCUGAUGACAGCUGCUGCUCCUGCCGGAGGUGGAGGGGCUGCCGGGGUGUUGGCUCCAGCCGCCGCCUCGGGAAAGAAGUCUCCCCGUCUCCCCAAGUGUGCCCGGUGCAGGAACCACGGCUACUCCUCGCCACUGAAAGGGCACAAGAGGUUCUGCAUGUGGCGGGACUGCCAGUGUAAAAAAUGCAGCCUGAUCGCCGAGAGGCAGCGGGUGAUGGCAGCCCAGGUUGCAUUGAGAAGGCAGCAGGCCCAAGAAGAAGAGCUGGGGAUCAGCCAUCCCAUCCCUCUGCCCAGUGCCCCAGAGCUCUUUGUAAAGAAGGAAAACAAUGGUGGCAGCUCCUGUUUAUUGUUGGAAAGCAGCAGCCCGACACAUUCAACAAACACGGCAACUACGGCAUCCAGCACCCCAGCAGAGGGACGGAUGCUCAUUCAGGACAUUCCUUCCAUCACCAGCAGAGGGCAUCUGGAGAGCACAUCUGACUUGGUUGUGGACUCCACCUACUACAGCAGUUUUUACCAGCCAUCCCUGUAUCCUUAUUACAACAACCUUUACAACUACUCCCAGUACCAGAUGGCAGUGGCCAGUGAAUCCUCCUCUAGUGAUAUGGGGGGCACACUAGUAGGGUCCCCUGUGAAAAACAGCCUCCGAAGCCUCCCAGCUACAUACAUGUCAAGCCAGUCAGGAAACCAGUGGCAGAUGAAAAGCACAGAGAGCCGACAUGCCAUGAGCUCCCCGUACAGAAUGCACUCCUACUACUCUCCUGCUUCCUACCUGGGCCAGAGUGUUAGCACCCCUGCGUGCGUUCCACAGAUCUUCACUUUCGAGGAUAGCCCCUCGUACUCCGAAUCUAAAGCAAGCGUAUUUUCACCACCCAGCAGUCAAGACUCUGGCUUAAUUUCCCUUUCCAGCAGCUCUCCUAUCAGCAAUGAAAGCACCAAAGGAGUACUGGAGUGUGAGUCAGCCUCCGAGUCUGGAACCUUCACUGUUAAUUCUGUCAUAGAAGAUGGCGAAUAAGUAAAGUUCUGUUCUGCAUGUCUCUGCUUUAUUCAGGAGAGCAAGUGCAUUCUGUUAUAAUGUUGUUGGGUUGCCUGGUUUGCAUGGACUGGUGCUGAAGUAACCAUUGAAAACAUGUUUGGUUUAUUCUUUUCUGACUUGUACUAUAAUGACCAAAGACUUACGUUCGUAUAACAGUUUAGGGACCAUAGCUUCACAAACUGCAGUACAGGUUAGGUAUUUUACACAUGGUGUUAAUACAGUAAUUCUCUUCAUUAAAUGUGUACUCAGUAAGACAAAGUCCUGGAUUGUGACAUGAAUAAAAUAUAGUUAAGAUGAAAUGUUAGAUCCCUUGAGGUUUUUGGUUCCAGUAUGCGUACACAAAAAUGCUGUAAUAUAAAACAGGUCAGCUAAAUCCCUAACCAAUGACUGAUAGCAAGAUGAAUAGACAUGGCUUUUUUAAGAAAUACCUGAAUUUGUUAAAAUACAAAAUAUUUUGUAACUUUACUAUUAGCAACCCUCCUCCGCCCUGCCCUCAGAAAAAACACUGUGUGCAUUCAUGAAUUGACAAUUACAGAACCAAUUCGAAAUAAAAACAUUCCUAUGGAGAUAUGAUUCAGUUUCUUAAAAUGUUUUUAGUCCCUUGAGAACUACUCCUAUUUCUAAUUGUUUUUUUUUUUUUUUUUAGCAUUAGCAAGAGCUGAUGACAGAUGGGCAUUUUUAAAAAUAAUCUUUUGUGAAGCAUUCUUAAAGAUUCUUUAUAGGAUAAUGCUUCUUUUGACUAUGUACUUAUUAAUGGCAUAAAAUUAACAUUUUGUAGGUUACAGUUAAGCAUAUUGCAUUAGACCACAAUCCAAAUAGCAAGUGAAUGUCUUUUUUAAAAGUUACUACAGAUUUGUUUAUUAUUUUGUUAAAUAUUGCUUAUGGCAUCCUCCCCUCAUGUUACAGAAGCCAACCUGAAAUGGAACUAGUCUAGAAAAAUGUAUUGUUCUCUGUAGUUGCAGCUGUACCUGAAAUAAAAAUGUUAUUGAUGACUGAAUUUUCUUGUGUGUAUAUUUGGUGAGCUGUAUUAAACAGAAAAAAA